ACGCUCUUUAAACCCUACCCGAGGAUAUCCAAAACCCCAAUAGGGGCUGCUCUCUCUCACCGCUAGGUCUCUCACUUCUCUCCGAGCUUCUUCUUCUUCUUCUUCUUGAGUCAAAUGGCGAAACGUUUGAUUCCUUCUCUGAAUCGGGUUUUGGUGGAGAAAAUCAUUCCUCCAUCGAAGACCAAUGCUGGAAUCUUACUCCCAGAGAAGACCUCCAAGUUGAACUCUGGAAAAGUUGUUGCUGUGGGUCCUGGCAUUCAUGAUAGGGAUGGAAAGCUGAUUCCUGUUAGCGUGAAGGAAGGGGAGACAGUUCUCUUACCUGAAUAUGGUGGAACUGAAGUAAAGCUUGGUGAAAAAGAGUAUCAUCUGUAUCGGGACGACGACAUUUUGGGAACACUGCAUGACUGAUGUAUUUUACUUCCCAUCAUGUUAAGCCGUACGUCAUCAAACAUUGUAUUUGGUCUGAGCUAUAUUUUAGUUAGUAGGGUCAAGUGACAGUUCACAAUUGUGCUCUGAAUUGAAAUGGUGAGAUAUGCGAAGAAAUUUAGAGACCCCAUCCUUUAUUGCGGAGAAAUCUUGCAUGUUGCAAUAAACUUUUGACGUUUUAAUGGGGGUGUAAGAAUUCUGGUCAACUGAGCUAGACUUUUUUUUUUUUUUCAAUAAACAAUUCAAAAAAAUAAAAACUGAAAGCUCUUGAUUAUAGUUGUGUAU